UAAGCUUCAGCAUAAGAGAUAUUUCAUAGUUUUCCUUAAAUUGUAAUAAAUUAAAAUGAAACAAGUUUGCAUUUAACGGCUCGUGAAUGCACUUGAACGCAUCUGAAAAUCAACCUGUUGAUUGAGGAAAGACCGUUACAAGCCAACCAUUUUUUAGAGAUUUAACGUAAAGGUAAUGUUUCACAGUCAACUUUACUGUUGAGUCUUAUUUUGCUUUUCGCAUUUAUUUAAUGACGUUAAAAAUAAUUAUUUGUUUGAUGAAUUUACCUGUGGCGUUAAACCGUUGCUAAGUAACAGGGUAUAAACAAACGAAACAACGGGACACAAAUGUUUUGGCUGUUUUUGUAGACCGUACAUUGGAUACAAAUAGUUCAUUCGUCUUUUUUUUUUUUUUUUAUAGUUUUCAUUGAGUGAAAACUGCUAAAACAUGGAUACUGAAUCUAGCUCGACGGACGAUGAGUAUACCUUGCAGGAGAUGUUACUCGAGCAACACACCUCAAAAGAAAAAUACUCUCUGCACAAUUACAAUCUUGGGAGUCUGGAUCACAGAGAACACAUCCGUUUACAGCUGGAAUUCAAAAGCAUGGUUAAGAUGGAUUUCCUACAUGAUUUUACAUCUCUGAUAAGGUUGGAUCUCAAUAACAAUAUCAUACAGAAGAUCUGGGGUCUGGACCGUCUGACUAAUCUGACCUGGCUUAAUCUGUCAUUUAACAAGAUCGAGAACAUUGAGGGUUUGGACUCCCUGCUGAAGCUUGAAUUGCUGAAUUUGGCCUACAACAAAAUCUCUGUCAUCAAGAACAUGGAUACACUUGAGAACCUUACUCACUUCUUCAUUUCAAAAAACCAAAUCAUACACAAGGAAAGUGUGCAGUACCUCGUGAGAUUUAAAAACUUGUUCAAACUCUCCAUCGGUGGAAAUCCUUUCACUGAGAAGGACGACCACUCGCUUUAUGUUGCUGCCUUUGUUCCAAAUGUGACCCUCUUAGACAACAUUUUAAUUACCCCAAAGAUGCGAGAGGAGGCUGCCAUCAAGUACAAAUUUGAGCUUAAGAAGUUCGUUGAGUCACAGAACGCUCAGGAAAAAAUAGGCAAAGAUGCGGUUGUGGACAGUGCUGUGCCAGUUAAGUCAGCAGACGAAGCAGAGGCGACGAGGCCAGACAGCCUUCCAGGAGCUCCGCCCGCACAGAUGUCUCAGAGCAAAAUUGUGAAGCUGUGCUCACAAAUAUUUGCUAUUGACUCAGACGAGUACAAACAACUUGAGACAGAGUUGAACUCUUUCUUCGCUGGCCAGAUUGAGACUGAUGCUUACUACCAGCAGAGGGCAUCACAGAUUCUUGCAGACUUCAAUGAGGAGCACACAGUGAGGAUAAAAGAUAUAAAGAAAAUACAAGACCCCGAUCUACACCGUCUCAAAAUCAUCGAUUUAAGAAAUGUAACCUCCACCCUGUUUAAAAAUCUCAUGACUCUGGAGUUUGAGUUUGUCAAAAAUCUAGAUGACAACAUCAUCCUGCUAGACAACUACAUCUCAGACAUGUUGUCUACAGGCAAUGAGUCACCCGAUCAAGAUGAGCCCCCGGAGACCAUCAAUGACACAGAAAAUCAAAUGGAUACACAAGUUAAUGAUUCGAAACAACCUCUCAUCAGAGAAAUUCAGGAAGAGGAGGAAAGGAGGAACCGUGUGCGCAUCUCAGACAUCUACCGAUUUUAUGACUUUUUGAUGCAAACUGUGGAGGAGUUGGAAUGAAAUUUUGUUAUAUUUCACUGACAGCGUCUGCACUAUUACAAUAUUUAGCAGAUAACAUACAUAUAUUUACUUUUCCAUGUUUUAUGUAAAAUAUAUAUAUAUGUCUACAUAUAGAUACAGAAAUGUCAUAUUUCUGUCAUUGAUUUCUAUUUUCUUUAUUAAAAAUUACAAAAAUAACAAAUUGAAAAUGUAGAAUGCAUAUUCAGCUCCCUGUACUCUGAUCCUACUAAAUAAAAUUACACCUUUC